AUGGUGUUUUUCGGAGAACUCGGCAAAGACUCGUGCAACCUUAUCAAAUACUUUGAGGCAGCCCCAGGAGUGACGCCGAUCGAGCCUGGGUACAACCCCGCGACAUGGAUGCUCGAGUGCAUUGGCGCUGGCGUCGGGGCCUCUUCUCAUACUCAUGGAAUAGAUUUCGCAGAGUACUUUUCGAAAAGUGAUCUAAACGUUUGUAUGGAGCAAGAUCUCAACCAAUAUGGCGUUCUUCGGCCCGCAAUUCAAAGUUGCUGUGUCGUCGCUUCUUUCUACAUGUACUGGCGAACUCCGACGGUAUAA